UUGAUGAUUGGCUUCCGAUCACUUCUUCAAGAAACGCGAAAUGGUGGUACUCAGCUUUCCACAAUGUCACCGCCAUGGUUGGAGCCGGAGUCCUUAGCCUUCCCUACGCCAUGGCACAACUCGGAUGGGGACCUGGUGGAGUUAUACUAGUUCUAUCAUGGCUCAUCACUCUAUAUACACUAUGGCAAAUGGUUGAGAUGCAUGAGAUGGUCCCUGGGAAGCGAUUCGACAGGUACCAUGAGCUCGGUCAGCAUGCGUUUGGCGAAAAGCUCGGUCUCUAUAUUGUGGUACCCCAACAGCUAAUCUGUGAAGUUGGUGUGAACAUAGUGUAUAUGGUGACUGGAGGGAAGUCUCUGAAGAAAUUCCAUGAGACUGUGUGUAAGGAUUGCGGAGAAAUCAAACUUACCUACUUCAUAAUGAUCUUCGCCUCUGUCCAUUUCGUUCUGUCUCAUCUUCCCAACUUCAAUUCCAUCUCCGGGGUCUCUUUGGCUGCAGCAGUUAUGUCCUUGAGUUAUUCUACCAUUGCUUGGACAGCUUCUGUCCACAAGGGAGUGCAAAAGGAUGUUGAAUAUGGUUACAAAGCGAAAAGCACAUCAGGAACAGUCUUCAACUUCUUUACUGCCCUAGGUGACGUAGCUUUUGCCUAUGCAGGCCACAAUGUGGUCUUGGAGAUCCAAGCAACAAUCCCUUCCACACCUGAGAAGCCUUCCAAGGGACCCAUGUGGAAAGGAGUGCUUGUUGCCUAUAUUGUUGUUGCCUUGUGCUAUUUCCCGGUCGCUCUAGUUGGAUACCGGAUGUUCGGAAACAAAGUCGAAGACAACAUCCUCAUCUCACUAGAGAAACCGGCAUGGCUUAUCGCCAUGGCUAACAUGUUUGUUGUUGUCCAUGUUAUUGGAAGUUAUCAGAUUUAUGCAAUGCCAGUCUUCGACAUGAUAGAAACACUGUUGGUGAAGAAAUUGAAGUUCAAGCCCUCAAUAACCCUACGCUUUAUAACCCGAAAUCUAUACGUGGGAUUCACAAUGUUCGUUGCCAUUUCCUUCCCUUUCUUUGGUGGACUUCUUGGAUUCUUUGGAGGAUUUGCUUUUGCCCCAACGACUUACUUUCUCCCUUGCAUCAUGUGGCUAGCCAUCUACAAACCGAGGAAGUUCAGCCUAUCUUGGUGUGCCAACUGGGUUUGCAUCACACUCGGACUUCUUCUGAUGACUUUAUCGCCUAUCGGAGGACUAAGGAACAUCAUUCUUCAAGCAAAGAGCUAUAAAUUCUACAAUUAAUCAUAUCCUAGCUCACAAAGAGGAACUGGGUUCCUGUGGAAAAUAAAACAAGAAUAAGGACUGAGGAUUAUGAUACAUGGGACCUCAUUAGGUAUUUAUUACCUGCUUCUUUGUGGAAAUGGGGAGUUGCGGCCAUAAAACCAACUGUUUUCUUGCUGUGUAUAGACAC